UUCUUUAUUCGCUUGAUAACGUUAUGGAAAAAUAGGUUUAUUGGCUAAACGUGGCAACUCUCCUCUGGCUGUUUAAAAAAAUGCCUAGUUUUAAAAAUCUUGUGUGCGGGUUUUGAAUAGUCAUUGGGUUAGACAUUGUAGCUAGACCUGGCAAACCUGCUGCACACCCUUCUCCAGAAAGUUGUGGGUGGCAUCGUUUUUCUUUUCUUUUACCAACCUCAAAUCUGAUCAGGACAGGACAUUGAACGUGGACAGCGCUCAGACCACCACCACGAGGAAGUCAAUUUAUGUCGGUUUUGUGGACUUUUGGCGUUUUGUGGACUUUUAGAGUUUAGAUUCAUUCUAAAUAUGUUGUACUCUGUACACUUGUCACUCGAAGUUAGUUUCAUUUUCGUUAUGAAAUUCGCAAUCAAAUUCACAGUUUAGUCUAUAUAUUUAUAUAAUGCUAAUGAAUUGUAGACCGCUUUUUAAAUAGCCUACAAUGUUUCAGUUAGUUGUGAGCAAUAUAGAACCAUUUACAAAGAAAGGUAGGCUAUUUACAAAUAGUCUGUAUCAAUGCGUCGAGGAAGGUACGUCUCAUUCAUUUGAACUUCAACAUAAUGGAUAAUCUGUGGUCACACACCAUAACUAAAAAGUGUUAGUCACACACGACAUCUCAAUACAGUAAUAUCUUGGGUUAUGAAAGGAUCGUUUGCAGUUGUACUAACCUCAAGGCUUGUAUAAAUGAUACUAUUCAAGGAUCAGUCAUUCAAAUGAACAGCAAGAAAAAAUUACAUUCGGUAGAUUUGGGUUCGAAGUCAGAAGGCAGAAAUAUCCUAGGCCUAAAUGAAAGUGGGAUAAAGGUAUUUAAAUAAUUUUAGUAGUCGGCUAGUGGUGCACAGAUGCCAUGGCAAGCACUGAACAGUCUGCUGUUGACUAUAUCCAAAAUAGCAGAAUACUUCUUGUGGAUAGCCUUGAGAACCACUCCCUGGUUAUUGACCACUUGCAUUAUCACAACGUGCUCCAUCAUGAGGAGGUCUCUUAUCUGUCCUCCAUGUAUGAGAAGUCUGAAAGAUCCAGAAAAAUGCUGGACAUGACUGUUUGCAAAGGGGAGGCUACCUGCUAUGAGCUUUUGAAGAUAUUGUACACCACCAGGACAGUUUCACUCAAACAAGAUAUGCAUUAUUGGAUCAGCUGCUUUUCUUUCAGAGAUGACCCAAAACUACAGAUUGACUUCACUCCUACUGAUUCCAAACUUUGCUUCAAGUACAUGAGGCAGUUGAAAUUGAAAGCGAUUCGGAUUUAUGAGGCAAGACAAAAAAAGCGCAUGUAUUGGCUAAAAAACAGUUCUACAUUAAAACCAUUCACAUACAUACCUCUUGUUUUGGACCCCGACGGAAGUGUGUUUCAAAAAAGCAAGAUCUCCAAAAACAAGGCCUACAAAAAAUCUCGCUCAAAAAAACUUCAAACUUACAUUCCAGCAUUCAAGAGAAAAUUAUCCCCUGAUAAUUUACUGACAGGAAAUGAGAAAAAAAUUCUGCUGGUUGGAAAACCUGGGAUAGGUAAGACUACAGUUGCCCAGGAGAUUUUGAAUCUUUGGGCACAGAAAGAGGACAAUGCGGUGAGCUACAUGUUUUACUUCAAUGAAUCCUUGAUGAGGUCUAUGUCCCACUCUGAUGACCCCACGACUCUGAAGUCACUUUUGUUUGGCAAAUACGUCAAACCAGAGGAAGGGAUUGAGGAGAUUUUGCAAGAUAUUGAACAGAAUUCUGAAAAUGUCAUAAUUGUGUUUGAUGGAAUCAUGGACACAAUCAGCAAUUCUGUAGUGAAGCGCAUUUUAGAGAAAGACCUUCUGUGUGAUGCUAAGAUUGUGACCACAUGCAGACCAGAGGCAGAAGACUGUGGGUUUCUGUCUGACUGGCCAUCUUAUCGAGUGGAAGUACACGGAUUCAAUGACGCGUCAAUCAGAUCUUUCUUUAGGUGGAUGUUUGAUACAGAUGAGGAUGCCAUUUGCAGAAUUUUGAAUAACCCUGAACUCUUUAGUCUUUGUCAUGUCCCAAUGUACGCCUUCAUAGUGACUGCCUGCAUCUGUUUGAGUGUUUCUAAAGAUCAUCCUUGCACUGUAACAGAAAUGUAUGUACAGAUCUUGCGAGAUAUCUUGAAAAUACUCAAUGACCAAACUACAGAACACCUGGGUGAAUACAUGCAUCGCCAAAAGGAGGCCCUCAGGUCUCUUGCUGAAAGCGCUUACCAAGCAAUGCUGGGCAAAACAGUCAACGUGACAAGAUUGGAUGGCGAAGACCACAGUGUGGUAGAUGCUUUUCUGACGUCAUCUGCUGCCAAGGACACAUCAACAUCAUCUUGGGCUUUUCUCCACAACACAAUGCAGGAGUUUUGGGCCUCUGUUUUUCUGUUGAUGACACCAGACAAAAUCACCCAAGUCCUUCAGCAGUGCCAGACCGAAGAAGGAAAGUACUUGAAGCACAUUUUCUCAUUCUUGUGUGGACUUUCUAGUCAGUCCAAUAACAUGGUUGAAUCAAUUAAAUUCUUGAUUUCUGAGGAAGAGGUGAGAGAACUAUCUGACAAGUACAUUGAAAAGAUCAUAGACUCAUUCAUCUACUGUGAGACACAGCCGGACCCUGAUGAAUCCAAUUCAGAUGUUGAUAUGGAAAAUCUCCUCUUCAUUUGUCAAUGCUUGUAUGAGCACCAGUCACCUGAGGCCUGCUUACUCCUCCUAGAAAAAGUGGGCUACGAGUUUAAUCUCAGUGGAGAACAGCUUGAUCCUCAACAGUGCUGUGCAGUGUCAUAUGUGAUCAGCCAAUCCAAAGACAGGAAUGUUCAACUGGACCUGGAAGACUGCUCUUUGUCAGAUCCAGGACUAAGGCUGAUUCUCAGGGCUUUGGAAAAUCUCACAAUGCUUAGACUGGAUUCCAUUACACAACUGCAGAUGUGGAAAGUUGCACUUCGCUCUGGCCUACAGAGAGACUGUGACAAUUUGCUGAGACUGUGUGAAUCUGAAAUUCACCUGUCAGUCCAAGAGCAAGAGAUGUGGAAGCCAGCAGAAGAGGUCCUGAAGCAGAAGAGACCAGAACAUAUUCAUCUCUGUCUACAUGUUGGUCAAGGCACCCAACAUAUUACCACAUCAUCAAUGAAAAUCAUCUUUGACCGUUUGUCAAACAUUGCAGAUAUCAGGUUCAUUUCACUCAAUGAUCAAAAAACGCAUUCAUGGAAUGAGGAAGUGAAGUCAUUGCAGAUGGAUCUUUACAUACAAGGAGCUCUCUAUGAGGUGACGACAGGACAGAAAUGCGUUGAGGGUUUGCGCCCUGUGCUCGCUCAUUUGAUUCACUCUGACUCUAUAGAGGAACAGAGCAAAUUUGUGGUUAGUCUGUACUCAAAGGCCCAUGACACGCAGGAAGGACUUCUACCGGUGUUGCAGCCUGUUUUCCAGACAACUCCUGCAGUAUGGUACAUAGACCUCUCUGAGAAAGGAACCUCUGGUAUCCUUGAAGUGCUGAAAUUUCUGAAUGUGAAGAAACCAGUUGAGCUGUGGUGGUCGGAUGAAGAGAGCGAGAGGGAAUUGACCAUUUUCCUUCAGUGUCUACCCUACAUUUCAGAGCUGAGAUUCAACGACUGCAUUCCGAACACCAAUGAUGCUAUCAAGGUGCUUGUGGAUCUCUUCAUCUGUGCAGCAACGUUGCAAGGAGAGACGCUAAACAUGCUUUCAUCAGUAUGUGGAUACUCAGCUUUCCCCUUUGCUGAUCAGGACAACGCUGGACAGUGUGAUUUUCUGUUAGAUCUGUACUCGCAUGUGAGCGACUACGAGACUCAGACAGGCAGAAGUGUCCUUCCAGCGUUACUGCCACUUUACCGGACAGCUCCUGCAGUCUGGUCCGUAGACCUCUCUGAGAGAAAGGCCUCCCUCCUCCUAGAAGUGCUGAAACUCCAACCAGAGAAGAGACCGGUGGAACUGAGGGACUGGUCAGGUGACGAGAGUGACGUGAGGAGUUUCCUUCAGUGUCUACCCUACAUAUCACACCUCAGGUUUCUCUCCAGACAGGAUGAGGGGGAGCUGCCUGAAGAGUGGAGGAUCACAUUCUUUCCAUGGUCUUGUCGUUUCCUUUUGAAAGUGUUUCUUCAAGGAGCUGUUAAUGACAUACUGAGUGGACAGAGGUCUGUCGAGGCACUCCUGUCUGCUCUGGGGUUAGCUCAUUCAUAUGACUCUACAGAGAAGUGUAUGCUUCUGUUAGAUCUGUACUCACAUGCGAAGGACUAUGAGAUUCAUACAGGCAGAAGUGUCCUUCCAGGGUUACAGCCAGUUUACUGGUCAACUCCUGCAGUCUGGUCAAUAGACCUCUCGGAGAGAAAGGCCUCCCUCCUCCUAGAAGUGCUGAAACUCCAACCAGGGAUGAGACCGGUAGAGUUGAGGGGUUGUUCAGAUGACAAGAGUGACGUGAGGAGUUUCCUUCCGUGUCUACCCUACAUUUCACACCUCAUUUGUGACUGCCAGUUCUUCCUGUCUAUGUGUGAUGCACUCUCUGUGGGUUCGGAGGGAGAUGCACUGCUAUCCCACUCUCUCCUCCAGGCCCUACACUACACUCUCACAUUGUCCGGGUGGUUGCCCAGUGUACGCUGCGAGGCAGUAGGAGCAGUCCUAGGCCAGUCUACUGCUGACGAGGAACUGGACGUCACUCUCACCCCACAGAGUAUCUCUCUCCAAGGAGCUAAACUUCUCUUCAAACAAGUGAAAGAGCUUCACAAGCUUAGAAUGAAUGAAAUGGCAACAGUGAAGCUAGCUAGGAUGUCACUUUUGUGCAAAAGGCCAAUGAUCGUUAAGGAGCUGACCCUGGUCUUAUCUAGGCCAAAUCCAACAAAACGGGUGCAGUGUAGAGUGAUCAGUAGUUUAGCUUCACUACUGACAGUGUGGACCGUAAGAAGCUUGGAUCUGACAGACUGUCCCAUCGAGGGUUACCUUCUUACUCCUCUGUUGUGUCAUCGGGGUCCGCUCACUAUCAGACUAAGUGAGGAGAUUCUGCAACAGCUGGCAGUUGUGGUAUAUGAGGCUCAGAAUGAGGAACUGACCCAGUGCUUCCUGGAGAAGGUUGAUGGAGACCUGUCUAACUGUAGACUGGACUGGAAUGUGCUUCACUACCUGCUGAAGACCACCACACAACCCAUCACCAUCAACCUCAGGAGGAGCAGAAUCAGACAGCAAGACAUGCCUCAUCUUCUCCCGUUCCUGAAUAAUAUUCACUUUCAAAGAAUGAAUUCCCACUUUGAGAGGACAGCGCUGAAAGAAAUCCACCAACAACGUGCUGGUCACAUGGUGACGACUUUAGUGAGGUCAUCAGACGAAUGGAUCAACUUGAACAACCUGGUCUUGAAACAGGACGACUGUGAAGCACUGCGCUUUGCUUUACACUACAGUGACGGGGUGAAACUCAACCUGUUGUGGACUGUCAUUCCAAAGGAGGAGAUGGGGAAGAUUCUGACUCUUCUGCACAGGGUCUCUGAACUCAGGGUCGACAGGAAACUACUCCUGGAGCUCCUCCAUGCCUGGACAGGAUUGAUAACACAAACAGAAGCACCCGCUGCACUGUUGAGGGUUCUGAAUCACAAACUGGACCUCUCCUGCUCUUCUGCCAUGGAUCUGUCAGGGCAGGAGGAAGAUACUGUUUUGAGCCUCAGUUCUUGGGACUGCAGGGCCAUCUCUGCAGCCAUCAAUAAAGCUGAUGGUGACACAGAGCUGAUUCUACACGACUGUCAGGUUGAGGAUGCAGGACUAGAGGAGUUUUACAAAGAGUCCAUUUUACAAAGAGUCCAUUUGAGCCUUGGAAAACCUAUUUUGCUGCAGCUCCUUCACCUGGUAUUUGUGGGAGAUGGAGGCAGGUCAGAGAGACUUGCUUCACUACUAUCCAGAGCCCUGGGGAAGGAACUGGACCUCAGUCAUACCCCGUUGGACCUGAUGGCCUGUUCGUCACUGGCAUUGAUUCUGGAGCACUCAGAAGGGCUUUCAGAGCUGGACCUCAGCGACUGCCAUCUCACUGACACACAUCUGGAGUUUCUGCUCACACAUCUGCACAAGGCACAAGUCCUAAAGUAAGGGUAUUUUCAGAUGCAGUACAUUGAAUUAAGUGGAAGUGUAACGGUUGUCGUCUGGAGAUAGAGAGGACCAAAGCGCAGCGUGGUUAGUGUUCAUCUUUUUAAUGGAACACUGAACACUUCAAAAACACAAACCGAAACAGUUCUAUCUGGUGCAGACACACAAAGACUGAAAAUAAACACCCACAAACCCAACAGAAAACAGGCUACAUAAAUAUGGUUCCCAAUCAGAGACAAUGACUAACACCUGCCUCUGAUUGAGAACCAUAUCAGGCCAAACAAGAAACC